AUGUUUUAUGAAGAUAAUUUUUUAAAUGAAGUUAUUUCUCUGUACCAUAGUGAAUUUUAUUCAUUACAUUGGUUUCACUUCUUGGGUUUUCCAUUCCGUCUUUCUUUUUCUUCUUUUCUUUCUUUCUACUUUACCGGUAACGUUGCUUUCUUUCCAUCUGAGUUUUCUUUCUUUCUUUCUUUUCUUCAUUCUGCUUUGCCUUUUCUCUUUUCUUUUCUCUUUUUCUUUCUUUCUUUUCUUCAUUCUGCUUUGCCUUUUCUCUUUCCUUUCUCUGUAUUCCUAUUGAAUGUUAUUCUUUACCUUAGUUUCAUUCCUCUGAGUUUUCUUUCUUUUUUUCUUUUUUUCAUUUUGCUUUGCCUUUUCUUUCUUUCUUUCUUUUCUUCAUUCUGCUUUGCCUUUUCUCUUUCCUUUCUCUUUUUCUUUCUUUCUUUUCUUCAUUCUGCUUUCUUUUUUCUCUUUCCUUUCUCUGUAUUCUGCUUUAGUUUCAUUCCCUCUGAGUUUUUUUUCUUUCUUUUUCUUUUUCAUUUUUUUCUGCCUUUUUCUUUUUUUUUUCUUUUCUUCAUUCUCUUUUCUCUUUCCUUUCUCUUUUUUUUUUUUUUUUUUUUUUUCAUUUUGCUUUUGCCUUUUCUUUCUUUCUUUUUUUUUUUUCAUUCUGCUUUGCCUUUUUCUUUCCUUUCUCUUUUCAUUCCUCUGAGUUUUCUUUCUUUUUUUUUUUUUUUUCAUUUUGCUUUUUUUUUUCUUUCUUUCUUUUCUUCAUUCUGCUUUUGCUUUUUUUCUCUUUCCUUUUCUGUAUUCCUAUUGAAUGUUAUUCUUUACCUUAGUUUCAUUCCUCUGAUUUUCUUUCUUUCUUUCUUUUUUUCAUUUUGCUUUGCCUUUUCUUUCUUUCUUUCUUUUCUUCAUUCUGCUUUGCCUUUUCUCUUUCCUUUCUCUGUAUUCCUAUUGAAUGUUAUUCUUUACCUUAGUUUCAUUCCUCUGAGUUUUCUUUCUUUCUUUUCUUCAUUCUGCUUUGCCUUUUCUUUCUUUCUUUCUUUUCUUCAUUCUGCUUUUUUCUUUCUUUCUGUAUUCCUAUUGAAUGUUAUUCUUUUGUUUCAUUUUGAGUUUUCUUUCUUUCUUUUCUUCAUUCUGCUUUGCCUUUUCUUUCUUUCUUUCUUUUCUUCAUUCUGCUUUGCCUUUUCUCUUUCCUUUUUCUGUAUUCCUAUUGAAUGUUAUUCUUUCUUUUCAUUCCUUGAGUUUUCUUUCAUUCCUCUCAUUCUGCUUUUUUUUCUUUUCUUUCUUUUUUCUUCUGCUUUGCCUUUUCUCUUUCCUUUUUCUGUAUUCCUAUUGAAUGUUAUUCUUUACCUUAGUUUCAUUCCUCUGAGUUUUUUUUCUUUCUUUUCUUUUUCUUCAUUCUUUUUCUUUUCUUUUUUUUUUCUUUUCUUCAUUCUGCUUUGCCUUUUUCUCUUUCCUUUCUCUGUAUUCCUAUUGAAUGUUAUUCUUUACCUUAGUUUCAUUCCUCUGAGUUUUCUUUUUUUUUUCUUUUCUUCAUUCUUGCUUUCUUUUUUUCCUUUUUUUUUUUCUCUUUCCUUUUCUCUUCCUUUUCUGUAUUUGAAUGUUAUUCUUUACCUUAGUUUCAUUCCUCUGAGUUUUCUUUCUUUCUUUUCUUCAUUCUUUUCUUUUCUCUUUCCUUUCAUUCCUUGA